CUUAUUGACAAACAGUCACGAACGUAAACCUUUCUUUACACGUUUCCAUGUUACACUAUCUUACGAAAAUAGACUCUACACAAUGGGGACCAACUGUUUUCUGCUUCUCGUUCUCUGCAUCUUGACCGUUGCCUCGUACAUGCCGAUUCCUAAAAGGGAGGUUGGUUUCGUGUACCGGGGUGGGAGCGCGACGGCCCCCGUCCACCUGGACGUGUACCUGGAUCUUGCGUGUCCAGACAGCAAGGACGCGUUUCCCACCCUGGUUCAGGUGGCAGACCACUACGGUGCUGGCGUUCUUCAGCUGACGUCACACAUCUUUCCGCUGCCGUACCACAGAACCUCCUUCAACAGCGCCAAGGGCGCUCACAUCGUCAACAACCUGGCUGACCUGAACACGACGUACGACUGGAUAAAGCUGGUGUUUGACAACUACGACUCCCUCACCACUAAGGCGACCUUCAAGAUGUCUGACGAGCAGGUUAUUGAUAUGCUCGCAAAAAUAGCGUCUAAAUUAGGUAUUUCCGAAUCGAAGUUUAAGAAACUUUAUUCCGAUGAGUCUGUUGAGCAAAACACAAGAGUGGCCUGGAAAUACGGUUGUACAAGAGGCGUGAGUGGAACGCCGACUUUCAUGUUGAAUGACGUCGUCGUUGACGCAGACCCGUCUUGGACUCUAAAACAGUGGCAGAAACUGAUUGACCCCUUGCUGUGAAAAACAUUUUAUUUUAGACUGCCCUAUUUGUUAUUUUGAAAGGCAACAACUAUUUGAUAAAUUAAACUCCUUUUCCGACUUCGCUAUUCUAAAUAGCAAUUUACAAUUUAUAUUUAUUAUGUCAUACAAUAAUGGUGACAUUGAAAUUCUUAACCAUGUAUUAACAUUUAUUGACGGCUGUAUUUCUAAACGUAAAGUUCUUGUUCCUGCUAUCAGUGGGGCAGUAAUUUAAUUUAAUUAUUUCCCAGUACUUUAACCAUUUAUUUUUAUAAUAUACUUUAUUUCUACAAAUAUAAUACAAACUUUGUUUCUCCGUCUGGCAUGUACAUUAAUAUUGUUAUUAUUAUUAAUUGUUGUUGUUGUUAUAGAUGUUGUAUGUUUGUUUGUUUUUAUCUGUUUGCUGACACCAGCUUGUUUGGUAAUUUGCAAUAAAUUGAAUUGAACUGAAUUGUGAUCGGACACUCGGGGAAGCAGCGGCGCACCCACACCUUGUUUUAGUCUGUAGCUGUUUAUGCACGUCUGUCUCUGUAUGUCUGUUGGUUCGUCUGUUCAUGUCAAACAUCUAUUCCUAAAGAGAUGUACGUGAACACAUUGUGUUUUGUUUUUUCUAAUAAAGCAACAAAUACAGAACAAAAA